AUGACACACAGACACACACACAUUCUCUCUGUCAGUGACACGCUGGACACACACACACACACACUGGACACACACACACACACUGGACACACACACACACACACUGGACACACACACACACACUGGACACACACACACACACACUGGACACACACACACACACACUGGCAACACACACACACUGGCAACACACACACACACACACACUGGACACACACACACACACUGGACACACACACACACACACACACUGGAGACACACACACACACACACACUGGACACACACACACACACACUGGACACACACACACACACACACACUGGACACACACACACACACACUGGACACACACACACACACACUGGACACACACACACACACACACUGGACACACACACACACACACUGGACACACACACACACAGACACACACUGGACACACACACACACACUGUACACGAACACACACACACUGGACACACACACACUGGACACACACACACACACACUGGACACACACACACACACACACUGGACACACACACACACACACUGGACACACACACACACACACACACACACACACACACACAUACACACACUGGACACACACACACACUGGACACACACACACACACACACUGGACACACACACACACACACACACACACACACACACACACUGGACACACACACACACACACACACACACUGGAUACACACACACACACUGGACACACACACACACACACACACUGGAGACACACACACACACACACACUGGAGACACACACACACACACACACACUGGAGACACACACACACACACACACACUGGACACACACACACACACUGGACACACACACACACACACACACACUGGACACACACACACACACACUGGACACACACACACACACACUGGACACACACACACACACACACUGGACACACACACACACACACACACACACACUGGACACACACACACACAGACACACACUGGACACACACACACACUGUACACGAACACACACACACUGGACACACACACACUGGACACACACACACACACACUGGACACACACACACACACACACUGGACACACACACACACACACUGGACACACACACACACACUGGACACACACACACACACACACACACACACACACUGGACACACACACACACUGGACACACACACACACACACACUGGACACACACACACACACACACACACACACACACACACACACACACACACACACACACUGGAUACACACACACACACACUGGACAAACACACACAUACUGGACAAACACACACACACACUACACACACACUACACACUGGACACACACACACUGGACACACACACACACUGGACACACACACACACACUGGACACACACACACACACACUGGACACACACACACACACACACACUGGACACACACAGACACACACUGCCACAGACACACACACUGAACACACACACACACACACACACACACACACACACACACACACACACACACACACACAGGACACACACUGCCACAGACACACACACUGAACACACACACACACACUGGACACACACUGGACACACAAACACACACACAUUGGACACGGACACAUACACUGGACACACACACACACACACUGGACACACACACACACACUGGACACACACACUGGACACACACACACACACACUACACACUGGACACACACACACACACACACACAGAGGACACACACACACACACACACACCGGACACACACACACACACACACACUGGACACACACACUACACACUGGACACACACACACUGGACACACACUACACACUGGACACACACACACUGGACACACAGACACACACUGCCACAGACACACACACUGAACACACACACACACUGGACACACACACACACUGGACACACACACACACACACUGGACACACACAGACACACACUGCCACAGACACACACACUGAACACACACACACACACUGGACACACACACACACUGGACACACACACACACUGGACACACACACACACUGGACACACACACACACUGGACACACACACACACACUGGACACACACACACACUACACACUGGACACACACACACUGGACACACACACACACACACAGAGGACACACACACACACACACACACACACUGGACACACACACUGGACACACACACUACACACUGGACACACACACACUGGACACACACUACACACUGGACACACACACACUGGACACACACACACACUGGACACACACACACACACACACUGGACACACACAGACACACACUGCCACAGACACACACACACACACUGGACACACACAGACACACACUGCCACAGACACACACACUGAACACACACUGGACACGGACACAUACACUGGACACACACACACACACACACUGGACACACACACUGGACACACACACACACUGGACACACACACACACUACACACUGGACACACACACACUGGACACACACACACACACUGGACACACACACUGGACACACACACACACUACACACUGGACACACACACACUGGACACACACACACUGGACACACACACACUGGGCACACACACUACACACUGGACACACACACACUGGACACACACACACUGGACACACACACACACACACACACACAGGACACACACACACUGGACAAACACACACACACACACACACACACACACACACACUGCGCGUCUUCCUAUAGUUGUGAGAACCUUGACCCAAGACCUCUCUUCCAAUGUAUUUAAACUCUUACAAUAACACUGUUAAAAUACCAAUGUGAUCAUUUGUUGUCUUUUAUGUUGAAUAACAAAUUGUACAAUUAUAUCUGGACAGACGCUCCAUAGUUGUACAAGUAUACAAGGAUAUAUUGUACUUUUCAUAAUAAAACAUACUUGAAACAAGACAA